GUAGAAAUAGUCAGCUGAUACGUAAUUACGCAUGCGCAGUUGCUCAAUGUUAACAAGAAAAGUAAAAUUUCCAGUAAUUCCGGUGUGUCUUUGUAUUACUUGAGAGUUGUGAAUGUUACACAUUUACGUACUGAUUAUUAGAUGAUCAAUGGUUACUUGUCGCGUUUAGUUCGUAAACAUUUUGUAGUCUUAAACUGAUCGAAUACAGCCUUCUAUACCAGUGUGUAUAAAGGUUGUUUCCGAAAGAGAUCGGCAACAGUUCCCCUUCUUUCAAUUUACGCACUAUAACCUUACAGUGUGAAGUAAAAGAUGAUGAAGCUUCUUUGUGUUCUCCUUUUUGCAUCAAUUUGCUCUCUUGCUUCUACCAAAAAUGAAUAUCGAUGUACAAUUGGUUCGGCAAAUAUAACAAAAAAAUGGAUCGACAUGGACAGUGCAUGCAUCAAAAAUUUGACAGCUCAAAUAAAAAUGGAAGUCGAAGCUUCUUUGACCUAUCUUGCAAUGGCUGCACAUUUCGCACGUGAUUCUCAAAAUCGUCCUGGAUUUAGUAAAUUUUUCUUUGAAAAUGCUAGCGAAGAAAGAGAACAUGCAAUAAAAAUUAUAGAAUAUUUGUUAAUGCGUGGCCAACUUGUAAAUGGUAUUAACGAUAUUUUGGAAUUCCCAUUGAUAAAAAUGAGUCCAGUGCAAGAAGAAUGGGCUACAGGAUUGGAUGCACUUAACCAUGCUCUUACCUUAGAAUCCAAUGUUACUCGUAGCAUUCGAAGUAUCAUUUUAGCUUGUGAAAAUCCAUCUAACAUAAAUGCUAAUGAUUAUCAUUUGGUUGACUAUCUCUCCGGAGAAUUCUUGGAAGAACAAUAUAAAGGAGAACGUGAUCUUGCUGGGAAAAUCUCCACAUUAGGUAGAAUGAUCGUAAAUAAUGGUCCUCUUGGAGAGUUCUUAUUUGAUAAGAAACUCUUGAAUGGUGAAGUUUAAUUUCUAUCUUUUAUGCAAUAUAAUUUUAAUUUAAUGCACAUAUACAAUAAGUAUAAUAAAAAUGUGUGGCCAUAUUUAGAAUAGUAUAUAUGAUGUCAUUUAACAUGUUUAUACUAGAUUUAUAAUUUUGUUACUAUCAUUAUAUUUCAGUAAACGAUUUUUCACAUAAAAUAUAUUUCUAAAUAUGGCCUUUAAUAACUUAGAAAUUCAUAAAAUAAAGUUUACAGUGUUUGUUAUUCUAUGAUAAAUAUAUUAUUCUUAAUGAUCAAAUACAUAUUAUUUUGACAUUGA